GACCCAAUUUUGAAUGCUUGUAUAGUGAUGCACAAAUUUUAUAUAAAAAAACAAAAAAAACCUUGUUUAUCACCUUACACGAUGAUUAUCAGUAGUUAUUUGAUAAGACCAAUAAGUAGCAUUUAGCAAAUAAGGUUUGAAUGUAAGGAAAGAUUGCUGCAACUUGAGAUAGGUUUGGGCAUGGGUGGGUUGAAGGGCUGGGCCUUGAGUUACUUGAAAACUCAAUCGACACUAAACAAGACAGAAAAGAGCUGCCACAGAUCCAAGUUAAAAUGGCUCAAAAUAGCAAAUUAAGUCAUUUAUGUCCACACUAGCAUAUUUUAAAAUUCUGGCCCAUAAUGUAACGCAUAUAUGGCAUGCAAUACCAAAGAGGAAGAAAAUAGGUAACCCUGUGUUCCUAGGCAUUAUCUGUUAGCAAAGCGCGUGACACAUCAUUGGGGGGAAAUUGAUAAAAGGGGCGGCACAUCUUUUAUAUGGGUCAACAACUUGCUGAAACUUGCCAGCCGCAAGAAUGAUCAUAUUUUAGGGGGAACAUUGAUGAAUUUGUUAAAAAGGUCCAAAGCCUAAUAAAUAAAAUGAACAAGUCGUCAUAGAUUACUAAACAAUAAGUUUCUUUUCAACUACUUACCGAAGAAUGAAGCCAACAAUACAACAUAUAUGCAGUGAAACGAGUAAGUAGAUUAAAUUCCAUCAAUUGAUCAACUCGGUGCUGAAGCAAUCCGUUUAAAUCAAUAAAGGUGGGGCGACUUUAAAGAGGCGGUCACCUUUUCCGAUUACCAUCAAUUAGAUAUGAUGAUCAUUCACAUUCAGAGGAGAUGACACACGGGGUUGCAACUUGAAUCAGAUAAAUAGAAAUGACAUCGAAAAACAUGGAACUUCUCCUUAUAAUUAUCGUAUUGGCGUGCUUGAAUUCUUUUGUCAUGCCGGAUGCCCAAGGGGAUGCACUUUUUUCAUUGAGGAGUUCAUUAAAUGCUUCAGCUGAUCAGCUAGGAGAUUGGAAUCAGAAUUUAGUGAAUCCAUGCACUUGGUCAAAGAUUAUUUGUAAUUCUGAAUCUCAAGUUACUUCAGUAACAUUAUCAUCCAUGGGGUUUUCUGGAGUACUGUCCCCUAAAGUAGGAAGUCUUCACGCUCUUACUACGCUAUCUUUGAAAGGUAAUCGUAUAACGGGUGGGAUACCGAAAGAGUUGGGGAAUUUGACAAAUUUGACGAUGUUAGAUUUGGAAGAUAAUCGUUUGACCGGAGAAAUACCAUCUUUUCUUGGUAAUAUGGAGAAGCUUCAGUUCUUGUUGUUGAGUCAAAACAAUUUCACUGGGUCAAUUCCUGGAUCGUUGUCUAGUCUUUCAAACUUGAUAAAUAUUCAGCUUAAUUCAAAUGAUCUUGUAGGUCAGAUCCCCGAUGAGCUGUUUCAAAUUGCAAAAUACAAUUUUACAGGAAACCAUUUAAAUUGUGGUUUCAAUCAUUCUCACCCUUGUGUAUCUGGCCUUGGAGGUGGUAAAAAGAAAUCCAAGACUGGAGUUAUAGUUGGUACUGCUGGUGGCCUUCUGGGCCUUCUUGCUGUUGGCUGCUUUCUGUGGUACAUGUACAAGGGAAAACAUAGAGGCUACAGACAAGAAGUUUAUGUUGAUGUUUCAGGGGAAGUUGAUCGAAGAAUUGCAUUUGGUCAAUUAAAGAGAUUUUCAUGGCGAGAGCUACAAAUUGCUACAGAGAACUUCAGUGAGAAAAAUGUUCUUGGACAAGGAGGAUUUGGGAAAGUUUAUAAAGGAGUGCUUGUAGAUAAUACAAAAAUUGCUGUGAAGCGAUUAACAGAUUAUGAGAGUCCUGGUGGAGAAUCAGCUUUCCAGCGUGAGGUUGAGAUGAUAAGUGUGGCAGUUCACAGGAAUCUUUUAAGGCUAAUUGGGUUUUGCACGACGCCCACCGAACGCCUUUUGGUGUACCCAUAUAUGCAGAACUUAAGUGUUGCCUAUCGUUUACGAGAGCGUAAACCGGAGGAGGCUGUUUUGAAUUGGCCCACAAGGAAAAAAAUAGCUUUAGGCACUGCACGUGGAUUGGAAUACCUUCACGAACACUGUAAUCCUAAAAUUAUUCAUCGUGAUGUAAAAGCUGCAAAUGUAUUACUUGACGAGGACUUUGAAGCUGUUGUCGGUGACUUUGGCCUUGCAAAGUUGGUUGAUGUGAGAAAAACUAAUGUGACUACUCAAGUUCGUGGAACAAUGGGUCACAUAGCUCCUGAAUAUUUGUCCACUGGCAAGUCAUCGGAAAGGACAGAUGUUUUUGGUUAUGGGAUUAUGCUUCUGGAGAUUGUUACAGGUCAGCGUGCGAUAGAUUUUUCACGCUUGGAAGAGGAAGACGACGUCUUAUUGCUUGACCAUGUCAAGAAACUGGAACGGGAGAAAAGGCUGGAUGCUAUCGUUGAUAGAAACUUGCAAAGGGACUAUGUCAUACAAGAGGUGGAGAUGAUGAUUCAGGUGGCAUUACUUUGCACGCAAGGCUCACCGGAGGACAGACCGGCAAUGUCAGAGGUUGUCCGGAUGCUAGAAGGAGAGGGACUUGCUGAGAGAUGGGAGGAAUGGCAGAAUGUUGAAGUUACUCGAAGGCAAGAGUACGAGAGACUACAAAGAAGAUUUGACUGGGGGGAAGAUUCAAUUCAUAAUCAAAAUGCUAUUGAGUUGUCUGGGGGAAGAUAAGAAACGAAACUCCAAGUUCAUGGUAUAUAAUUUUUUCGGCAAAAGUUUAGUUUGACAAAUAUAUCCAGCGAGUAAUGUAUUCAUCUGUAAUUGUGCCACAUGAACUAGCCCGCGCCUUAGCUCCAUACAAGGUCACGAAUCUCUGGAAAGGCUUUUAUUGUAUUUCCCGUGAACUAACUGUAUUAUGGUUCCAUUUCGUGCAACUGUCGUCAUAUGAGUAACUCAGAGAGGACAGACCUUGCAUAUUGUAUCAAACGUUUUAUCUUUGUUUUUGUGUAUGAUUGAUCAAUUACAAACCAUAUACUUAGAAGUUUUAACUCAAUUUAAGUCAUGUUUUCUUAUUUA